AUGUGGGUUUUCGGUUAUGGGUCCCUUUUGUGGAAUGCCGAUUUUCCAUAUAGUAAAAUGAUGUCUGGUUCGGUGAUCGGAUAUUCUCGACGCUUUUGGCAAUUGAGUCCUGACCAUCGCGGUACUCCAGAUAAACCAGGUCGGGCAGUUACUCUUGUAGCAGAUGAAAAUGGAACGUGCUGGGGUCGAGCUUUUAAACUUCUUGAUGAAAAUAUUAGACAGACUCUUGAUUACCUCAAUUAUAGAGAAAAAGCUGGAUAUGAGUUAAAGAAGAUUAAAUUUCAUCCGGAUGAUGGUAGUGAUCCGUUCAAUGUCAACGUUUAUCUUGCAUCGACGGAACAUAAUCCAUAUUACACCGGCCCCUGCAAUAAUGAAAUGAUUAUCCAGACGAUUUUAUCUUCACAUGGGCCGAGUGGUUCCAAUCUGGAAUAUGCUUUGAAAUUAGCAGCUUUUUUGCAUAAAAAUGCUCCUCACAUUUAUGAUGAACAUUUAUUCGAAAUAGAGGAAAAGUUGCUUGAACAUUGUCGCAAAAAUGGCAUGACAGAGAAAUUUAUUAGAGAAUUAAGCUAUGUUUGA